AUGAUAGAAGGGUAUGAGGGUAACGCAGGCAUCCUCAUGGCGCUGCUCAUCGUCCUCAUCACCGUUCUCAUGGCUCUCUUCUCCGUCGUCUCGGCGAUCGGAAUCCUCGAGCGCUGCCGCGUCGAGAGCGGCGGCGUCUACUACCUCAUCUCGUACGUGCUCGGCGCGCGCGUAGGGGGCGCCGUCGGCGUCGUCUACGUCUUCGGAAACGCCGUCGCCUGCGCGCUGUUCGCGACCGGCUUCGGCGAAUCGAUGACGUCGCUGACGGGGAUCGACACCGCCGGCGCCCCCUGGGCGGCGCGGGGGAUUGCCGUCGCCGUGCUCGCCGUGCUGCUGGUGUUCAACGUCGCCGGCGUGAAGUGGGUCGUGAAGCUGCAGCUCGUGCUGCUAUUGGCGAUCCUCGUCGCCAUGUUGGAUCUCGCCGUCGGCUCGUUCGUGCGCGCCGGCGGCAGCGCAGGGGGCGCCGCCGAGCCGCCGGCGGUCGUCGGGUGGAGCCGCGCGGCGUUCCGCGAAAACGCCGCGCCCAACUACACGGAGGGCGAGUCGUUCUUCGCUGUCUUCGGAGUCGUGUUCUCGACGGCGACGGGCGUGUUCGCGGGGAUCAACAUGAGCGGCGACCUGCGGAACCCGCGCCGCGACAUCCCCGCCGGGUCCCUCGCGGCGAUCGCCGUCGCCGCGUCGCUGUACGUCGGCAACGUCGUCGUGCUCGGCGGCACGUGUGCGCGCGCCGCGCUCCGCGACGACUACAUGAUCGCCGAGCGCGUCGCCGCGCUCAAAGUCCCGUGGCUGGUCGGCCUGUACGUGUCGUCGCUGUCGUCGUGCCUCGGCGCCCUCUACGGCGCGCCGAGGAUACUGCAGAGCAUCGCCGCGGAGGGCACGCUGCCGCGCGUCCUCGCGCGCGGCCGCGGCGCGAACAGCAUCCCCGUCGCCGCCCUGGUGGUGGUCGUCGCCGCCGCGCUCGUCUUCGUCCUCGCCGGCCGCGUCAACUCGCUCGCGCCGAUCGUCACGAUGCCGUUCAUGGCGACGUACGCGUGCGUCGACUACGCCUACUUCGCGCUCGCGAUGACCUUUGACAUACAGCGGCGGCGGGAGGAGCGACUCGGGAAGGCGGCGGCGGCAGCAGGGGGCGCCGGUGCGGCUCCGCCUCGCGCGGGGUCGGCCGGGGAUCUCGAUCGCCUCUUCCCGGAGCGACUCGAGAAUAAGGGCGGAGACGCGGCGGCGGCGGCGGCGGCGGCGCUCCGCCCCGGGGUCGCCACGUUCGAGCGGCGCCCCUGGCGGCGGGGCGCCGCCGCUCCUCCCGCGGCGGCGGCGCCGCGGAUCGAGCGUCAGCCCCGCUCCUGGUACUCGCUGCUCUGCAACCGCUGGGUGGCGCUAGCGGCGGCCAUCGCCAAGGUCGUCCUCGCGUUCGCCGUCGACUGGGCGUACGCGCUUGCGUGCGUGGCCAUCGUCGGCGCCCUCUAUAUCUACAUCGGCCGCGCCGCGCCCGGACUCACUCCGGGAGUCGCCGAGUUUUCGUUCGUCGCGUGGGCGCGCACGGGGUGGCGCCGCUGCUGCCGUCGCCACGACGACGAGGACGGGGAGCCGUACGUCGUGGCGCCGGCGCACCCUGGUGUCGCGACGACGGCGGCGCAGCUCACCGAGGACAACGACGACUUCUCCGCCAGGGGGCGCUACCACCAGAAGACGGUCGUCAAGGGGCAGCCAUUCGUCGACUCCGACUAAGGCGGCACCCUCUGGUGGUUGCCUCUAGGUGGCGCCGCAUGCCGCUUCAAAGCCGUUGGGCUUUUCGGGGCGUGGCCCCCUCCGCCUGUUUCUCCGCCCCCUUAAUGCGUACCCCGCCCCGCCCCACGUCUUUCUGGCCUAACCAGUAUAUCGAGUGUGUAACGAAGUAUUAAGAGUUAAACGAUCGUAACGAGGUAAUUAGCAUGUCGCGUCGUUAGCCCUCCGCUCUUUCGCCGACGUCUGCUGGGGCUGCGGUGGCGACCCCUGGAGGAGUCGGAGGCCCCUCCCCCUCUCCCCCCGUAAGAUUCGCUUUUUUUCACCCGCUAAGUCUAGUCAGAGAGUCCGACAAUCAAAGAAAUCGCCUCGCGAUCAAUGGUGACGCGGGUCAAACGAUGAAACGUUUGCCGACUCGCGGUCGAUAAAGUAAAAACAUCCGAACAUCUGACGUAAACGUUGAUAAAACUUACCGCCUCGUCGACUUUUCCGUAGUGUAAACCCAUAUUAAUGCGAACUGGAAUUAUCCGUAGUGACUAUAUGCAGGCAGAUAGAUGAGUGUCACUGUAAGCAAACUGAUAUGUCCCGUAUGAUAUCAGCAAGAGUACAUAAUCGAUCUUGAUAUCAGGAAACGCUGUCUUUGUGCAACGUAGGUGUUGCUGAUAAUGUAGACCAACGUCAACACGUAUUGACGACACGUCACAACAAUGUGUACACCCGUUAUUUAUUUAUGUGCGUCAUCUAACUAUCUAUAUUUGUAUACAUGUACGUUAAUGUC